CCACUCAGCAGGACAGUCCGCCGGAUAGCGUACAGUGGAGAGCUAGUAGCAACAUAUAUCACAGGCAAGAAUCCUCUCUCCCUCUCGAAAUCUGACCACCAUCCACGAGAAAUGCUGCCUCUAAGCUCUCAGGCUUUUGUGUGCGAUCCUCGCCCAGACUACCCUCUGCUCGUCACGGCGAAGCGAUAUUCAUUGCCUGGAUACACAUGCGAAGAUCCAGACGCACUGACAUUGAUAUUGACCCACGGAACAGGAUAUCACAAGGAGCAGUGGGAGCCCACCCUCGAGCAUCUCUUCGAGAGCCUCGCUCCGAGUCGGGCGGGUGAAGCCAGUCCAGUGAAGAUACGCGAUGUCUGGGCAAUUGACUGUCCAAAUCACGGCGACUCCGCCGUCUUGAACGAGCAUACGCUUCUGUGGGGAUACGAUAAUGUACUCAGCUGGGAAGAGUACGCGCGCGCUGUGCACAUCUUCCUCAGCGGCUUGGGCCGCGGCGUAGAUGUCGAUUUCAGUAAGCGCAAGCUCGUCGGUAUCGGCCAUUCGAUGGGAUGCAUAGCACUGUACGUGUUCACGACCCUCCAACGAACAACCCAGGAUCAUCGCAAACACCUUCUUCCCGAAACUCAGCUUCGAGUCCUUCAUCUUCGCCGAGCCGAUGUGCUUCCCCAAGGAUCCAUGCCUCCCAGCUUCUCGACCCUCCUGACCACCGGCGCCGAGAAGCGUCGCGACAUCUUCGCCUCGCGCGAGGAAGCCCUCUCUGGACCACGGGCUGCGCGACCUCCCGACGGCUGCUACCCAGACAAGACCGCGGGCGUGACCCUGAAUGCACAAGGCACAGGAGGCGCCUGCUACCGCGACCACAGCAACACAGGGCGCGUGCGUGCCUUCAAUUAUCUGCCGACGCUGUGUGCUGCGCGGCCCGUACACGUCGUCUUCGGUGCCAUCGACGACUACAUGUACAACAAGCAGGCAUCCGCACGGCGCGUCCCCGGAGCAGGCCACCUCAUCGUACAGACGCAGCCCCGAGGGCUCGCCGAUGCCAUUUGGGCGAUCUUGACUAAGCCCGGAGUGGAGAAGACAAGUCGCGAAGCCAUUAGCGGCCUCGCCCAACCCUUCAUAUGAAGACUACGUUCUAUGCA